AUGGAAAAUAAAUUAAAGUUAUAAAUCAUGGAUUACAAUCUUUACUUGGAGGGCAUUUUCAACAAAUAGCCCUCCUUUGUUAUUUGUGAUUAGCAUAAUCUCAAAGUGAAGACCAAAAAUGAGUAUUUUAAGUUUGAAAUUUCACUGAAUCUUCAUCUCUAAUGGAUAUAUGUCGAAGGAUAAAUUAAUGAAGUUAGAUUUGAGAAUCAUUCUCUUAAGGGACCAAUAGAAAACCUGGAAAAAUUGAAAAACUGCUUGGAUUGUCGAGUUAUUUAUUUAGGUGCAGCCUAGUUAUAUGAAUAGUAUCUCAUAGUCAAAGAAGACGAAUUCAAAAAGACUAUGGUUGUUAAAUCAAAGACAAAAGGGGGAUUGUACUUUUGUAAGGCAUACAAAAAGGAAAUUCGAGAAAAUGAACAUAAAUUUUUGAAAGAACUUAAAAUCUUGAGAAUGCUCAAAGAGAACAAGAAUGUUGUUAGAGUCCUAGAAGUAUUUGAAUCAAAACAUAAUUAUUACAUGAUUAUGGAAUACAUGAUACGCAAUCUUGAAUAAGAUUAUACGCACGAAGAAAAUUAAAUUAUAAUAAAAGAAAUAUUAAAUAUUUUAGAAGAUCUGAAUCAAAAAUCCAUUAUUCAUGGUUAAAUCAGGCCAAAAAAUUUUAUGUUCAAUAAAGAUAAUGUGAUGAAAUUGAUUGGAUUUAGCAAAACUAAAAUAAUCCAAGAAGAAGUCUAGGGAGAAGAUAUAUAUGAUUUACAUAGAAUACUUCUGCAUUUGAAUGGCCUCAGUCAAAAUGUAUUAGAUUAUGAAAAUGGAUAUUAUCCGCAUAUUCCAUCUCACGGAACCAACUUCCUGAAAAGUCUAUUGAAUCCCUCUAAAUAUCGAAUUAACAUCAAGUAGGCACUUACUCAUCCUUUUUUGAAUUGUAAUGAGAAUGAUCAUCAGAUUGCAAGAAAAGAAAUGAACCUGAAGUUCAAACACAGUUUUAAUAGUUUUUAAUGA